UUAAAUAACAAUUGAUCAGUUUUAAUUUUAACAUCGUGCGGACGAGACAUCAUGAUUCUAUCGAGAUUACAAAUUCUUAGCUUGAGCAUUCUUUGCUGUGGCUUAAUAGUUGCCGCAGUACCCCAAUGGCAGAAUAGCACCGAUGGUCGUCAGUAUUUAAUUGAGGGAGAUCAAAAUUACAAUUGGUUUAAGGCAUUCCAUGAAUGUGCUCGCCGUAAAUUGCAAUUGGUCGAAAUCGAUUCAAAGGAGAAAAAUCAAGCUCUCAUAGAAGUAUUGAAGCCGUUAUUUGGUGAUUCCCACAAUCUAUGGAUAGGCGCCAAUGACGAAUAUAAUCGUGAUAAGGAUUUCAAAAGACCCUUCUAUUGGUCAUCGUCUGGUCAACCUAUGACUUUCUCCCAUUGGUCUUCGAAUAAUCCUGACAACGAUCAACAGGAUGAACAUUGUGUCCAUAUGUGGAAGAGCAAACCAGAUUAUCAGUGGAACGAUCAUCAUUGUGAUACCCCACGUUUCGGUUUUGUUUGUGAGGAACAUCAUUUGAAAGCCGACCUCACUAAGAUGAUGGCAGAUAAACGUAAGACAGCCACUGAGACAAGCAUAAAGCUCUACGAGGAAUAUCAUCGUCAGCAAAAGUUAAUGAUGGAGAAACUUGAGAACAGUCUAAAGGAAAUUCAAAAUAUAGAAACUGAACUAAAGGAACAACUGCACAACAUUCAUACCAAACUGGAAUUUGACAUCAAUCAUGCUUUGGCUCAACAUCAGCGUGAGGCCAACUCAGUGGUGGACGAUCGUACCAAAGCCAUACGCAAUGUAUUUGCUGAUUUGACUGGUGCCACAACAGAGAUCAGCAUGUCUGUCAGCAAGGAAAUGGAAAGGGUUAAAACUGUAUAUGAUGACAUUUUUAGUAUUUGAAGCUGCAAGACAUGAAGGAUGUAGUAGAAAAAAUUAAAUCUUCAAUGAA